AUGUUUCGUGCAGUCAUUUUUGCAACGGGUGUGCUCUCCAUCCCGUCUCUCAUGUACGAGCUGGGCGCUUUUCCCGGCGCCGUCAAUGUCGUGGGCUGGACGCUUCUGAACACCUACUGUGCCAUCUUGCAAGGCAACUUUCGCAAUCGAUAUCCAGGAUGCCAUUCCAUUGCCGAUAUGGCACAGGUUGUCGGUGGACCGAUCUUGAAGGAGAUCGUCGGCUUCUUGUUCACGGUCAGCUAUGUGAUUGUUGCUGCGUCCGGCAUCAUAGGUGUCUCGACUGCAUUGAAUGCCUUGUCGCUGCACUCCAUCUGUACCGUCUGGUUCUCAGUCAUUGCCACCAUUAUCAUCGCCCUCUGUGCAAGUGUACGCAAGUUCUCUCACAUCGGCUGGCUCACUUGGGUUGGAUUUGCCAGUGUCUAUGUCGCUGUUUUCAUAAUUGUGAUUGGCGUGACCACAAGAGAUCGCCCAGCUGCAGCCCCCCAGACAGGCGAUUUCGAACUUGGGUUCCGAGCAAUUGGUAACCCCAACUUCACAACCGGAAUUACAGCUGCAGCCACUAUCUUCGUGUCGAGUGCUGCGACCUCUGCUUUCCUUCCUGUUAUCUCGGAGAUGCGCAAGCCGAAAGAUUAUCCUAAGGCGGUCUAUAUGAGCAUGAGCCUGGUGACUGCAUCCUACCUGACCUUCAGCCUAGUGAUCUAUGCUUGGUGCGGCAAGUGGAUCGCAUCUCCAUCUCUCGGCAGCGCAGGCGGCACCAUCAAGCGGGUGGCUUAUGGUAUUGCGCUGCCGGGUCUGAUUAUUAGUGGUUGCCUGUACGUGCACGUCGCGGCCAAGUACCUAUUUGUGCGAAUCCUGCGUAAUUCACGCCACCUGCAGGCCAAUACUGUAGUGCAUUGGGGGACUUGGUUGGGGUGCACUAGUGGAAUGUCUGCCAUUUCCUUCAUUCUAGCAUGCGCCAUCCCUAUCUUCAACUACGUAUUGGCCCUAGUAGGCGCACUUUGUUUUGCGCCGCUGGCCAUCUGCCUGCCCGCCUGGUUAUGGCUCUACAGCCAUGGACAUUAUUUGACGGGAAGUGUACUUCGCAAAGCUAUAUGGGGGUUGCAUAUUGUAUUGUUCCUAUUGGGGAUUUUCAUGACCGUUGGGGGAACUUACGGUGUGAUCGUCCAGAUCCACGAUGCAUACCGCGAUGGGCAGAUAUCGUCAGCAUUUUCGUGUGCCGAUAACAGCGGGUCAACCUAG